GAAAACCGAACGACAACUCAAUCAUCAAUAAAAUCAGCUGAGAGUGUCGUUAUAAUUUUUUCGUUAUAAAUUGAUUUUUCUCAAAUAACGAUGUAUGCACCGUACGAUCGUAAUCGUAAAGCUUCUGUCAAUGUUGGCACAAUAUUAGACGAUGUGACACAUCAGUUUAAGGGCAAAAAUGAGCUAAGCGUGUUGAGGGAGCAUUGUCGCAAAUAUGACGUGGAAAAGAUUUACCAAACCUACAUGGCGCGUCUGCUUCGAAUACAAUUAACCACCUUCUUGACAAUACUCAUCACCAUAACAUUCAUCUAUUGUGUGCUGUUGGUCAAUUCUGACCAGGCAGCGACUGACAUAUCUAUUUAUAUGGUAUUCACAAUUUUGGCUGUCGUGGCUAUUUAUAUAGGCAUAUGGAAGAAGGCGAUUACAAAAUUUGCUUGGAUUAUUUAUGUAGCAGUUCUGUCAAUACUAUUUCUUACAGCAAUGGAUAUAACCGUGCCGGUAGUGCACGCCGUCACACAUUAUGAGAUCUUUGUACCACUAUUCUAUAGUUUCAUAAUCUAUUCAGUUUACAUAUAUAUGCCGUUUUUUAAUCAUCGUCAACCUUUCAUUUUGGGAGUUACAAUAUCACUGUGUUAUAUUAUAUUAUUCCUGACGAUAACGCAUCGCAUGAAAGUUGAUGGUGGCAGCAAUAUGGACGAAGAGAAAAUCAUAUCGGAAAUUUUGUUCAUGGUGGGGCUCAAUUUAUUGGGUUUAUUUUUUCGCUUACCACGUGAAAUAGUGAUAAGACAAACCUUCAUAGACAAGCGUGAGUGCGUUGAAGAGGAUCUUCUGUUGCAUGCUGCGAAAACUCAAGAGAAAAUAUUAUUACUAAGCAUGAUACCGGCACCAAUCGCUGAUAAAAUAGAGGAGGAUAUAAAGUUGCGUUUAACGCGCACGAGUUUAACUUCGCGCAGACGUUCGUCUUUUCAGCGAGAAGCGGAAUUACUAUAUAGAAAACUCUUCAUUGAAACACACGACGAUGUGACAAUACUCUACGCUGAUAUGGUCAAUUAUACCAAACUAACAACCACUGUGGAUGUGAAAACACUUGUGGAGACGCUACAUGAUCUCUACGUUAGAUUUGAUGAUGCUGCUCUGGAUUUGGAUGUCCUGAGAAUACAGUUUUUAGGCGAUUGCUACUAUUGUGUGGCGAAUGUCUCGAUACCCAAUGAAGAUCACGCUAAUGCUUGUGUGCGACUUGGUCUACGCAUGAUACAGGAGAUACACACGGAGCGAGAUACCAGAGACUUGGAAAUGGAUAUACGCAUUGGCGUGCAUUCGGGUAGCGUAUUAUCUGGUGUCAUUGGCGCUACUAAAUGGAAAUUCGAUAUUUACUCGAAAGAUGUUGAGAUCGCAAAUCGUUUGGAGAAUACCGGCGUACCCGGUCGUGUACACAUUAGCGGUGAAACCCUCGAACGUUUAGAUGAUGAAUUCCAAUAUGAAGAUGGUACAGAGAAAGCUGUCAAUGAUCUGUUAUUGCAACAACAUAGCAUACGUACGUAUCUGAUUAUACCGCCGAAAACGUCUAAAUAUAAAGAGACGAUAUCAAAUAAUACAUUAAUGAGUCGGUUUUCUUUUCUGAAGGGCUCUCCACUGGGUUCAGCAGCGGAUCUGAAAACCGUUUAUUCUGGUGAUAUAAUACAAAGAAUGGUGGAUAUGGAGAUGCGCCGAGAGAGUACAAGCAUUCCGGUCGAAACUCUACAAUUCCAUCGCAUAUUCUUUGGAAAAUCACGACAUCUCACGCGCUUCGAGAGAGAAGAGCACAACUUUCGUAUGAAUUUUUCCUGGUGGCUUAUGUGUUUCAAGAAUUGGCGCUGGGAACACAACUAUAUGAUUCAACCAGAUAUUAAACUAAAAUAUAGUGUGCUUGUUUCAUAUAUAAUUAUUUUAUGCACAAUUGCCAUGCAGGCCAUUAAUGCCAAACAAAGCAUAAAAUUUUGGGUCUUGGUGGCUGUUGGAAAUAUAUUGAUGUUGUUAGUUUUGGGCUUGGUCUGGUACAAGAAACUAUGGGAAGUGUGUCGAAAAAAUUGGUUUCACAUGAAACCGCGCAAUAAAGCCAGUCGUUGGAUUUAUGGACUUUCUGAAUUCACACAAAGGGUGUUCAAUGUGCGCAUUUGCAUUUAUUUGGGCAUUUUAAUACUACAGUUAAGUUAUACACUAAUACAACUGUUAGAUUGCGAUCGCUUUCAAAUUGAAAAUCAGGAAAUUGAGAUUCUACUUUUUGAGGAUGGUACCAGGGAUAUACUGUGCUUUAAUACCUGGGCUGUCACUGAAUGCAUUGUCAUGAAUUUAUUUCUAAAUUUUCUAUUCUCGGGCAUUACUUAUAUUAUUAAAAUAGCUGUUGGCCUUUUCACAAUCAUUAGUUACAUAAUUAUCAUAACCGUUUUGUAUGACUUUGUCUACGAACGCAGUCUGAGUUGUAAUAGUCAUAUUUAUCCUGAAUAUUCGCAUAUAUUUGUGUCCGUUCUGACCCUUGUCAUAAUUAACAUGAUCAAUCGUCAAAAAGAGUUCAUCUCACGUGUGGAUUAUUAUUGGAAACGAGAAUUGAAGAAAAAACAGGAAAAUGCUAAACUAACAAAUGAGACGAUUUCCCGAUUAGUCAGUAAUAUUUUGCCAUCCCAUAUAGUCGACAUUUAUAUGGACAAUCAGUUGACCAACAAGCUCUACUACGAAGAAUACUCCAAUGUAGCUGUAAUCUUUGCAACGAUUCUGAAUUUCGACAUUGAAGUUGUCGGCAUGCGUGUUUUAAACGAAAUCAUUUGCGAUUUCGAUGAAGUGCUAAGCUCAUUCAAAGGCGUGCAUAAAAUUGAGAAAAUCAAGGUAGCCGGCUGGACGUACAUGGCGGCCUGUGGGCUGAAUACCACCGGAACGGGGCAUAGAGGUUCGAUAGAAAAGCGCGCAAGUGCAUUCUCAUUCGCCUACAAUUGGCGUAGAGAUCAUUUGGCCAACAGGACAGCAAACAUUAGUGACUUAUUUGGUGCUGUUACGGAUAAGUCGUCAACGACCGGUGGCACCACACGACGUCGAUCGGUGCGCAUGUUCAAUGAUGGCGAGGAGCCAAUCACCGAUGAUGAUGUCGUUUAUGUUAUGGCGCGCUUUGGUUUGAGUUUGUUGCAUGCCAUGGACAAUUUCAACAAAAAUAAUUUCUAUCACGAUAUGGAAAGUCAAGUUAUUGGCGAUUUACGCAUUGGUAUAGCGAAUGGUCCCGUUAUGGCCGGUGUUGUUGGCUUGUUUAAGCCGCAUUAUGAUAUCUGGGGCAAUGCUGUGAAUAUGGCGGCGCGCAUGGACUCCACUGGCGUGGCUAACCUAAUUCAAGUCACUGAGGAAACUGCCAACAUUUUGACACUUCACAACAUACACUGUGUGUACAGAGGCAUAACAUAUGUUAAAGGACGCGGUUCCAUACCGACAUAUUUCAUAGAUAUUGAUGACCGUUUACAAUUUAGAAAGUCUACAUUAGAAGAAACAGAUAUUGAUCCAUUAUAAUAGUGUGAGAGCUAAAUGAUUAUAACUGAAUUUGCAAUAUAUUAUAAAUAUAUUAUAAUUAUUAUCAUAAGCU